UGCGUUUCCUGUUGGCAGCAGAGAGCAGGAAAAACAAGCUUUAGAAAGCCUCCGUCAGAGCCGAAAGAGCUCCAGGCGAUUCACGCGGCUUCCCCAGGCCGGUGUCCGGAGCCCCCAAACCAGGUCUCUAGAACAGAAAGUCGAGAGAGGCCAGGGCUGCUGAGCAGGGUCCGGGAGCAAACCUUCCGCCAGCGUGCAGAGAAGGCGCACGCGGCUGGUCCACGCUGGGCCUCGGCUCCCUCCCGGGCUCGGCUGACCCUGGGACAGCAGAUCAUGAUGCCCGCCCGCGCUCCCCUCUGCCUGGUCCAUGGGUAUCGGGGGACCUGGUUGAUGGACGGCCUCUGGGUCUGGGUGCUGUGCGGCCUGGGGAUGGCGGGCUCCCUGGGAACCCCGCAGCCAUGCCAGGCGCCCCAGCAGUGGGAGGGACGCCAGGUUCUGUACCAGCAGAGCAGCGGGCACAACAACCGCGCCCUGGUGUCCUACGAUGGUCUCAACCAGCGCGUGCGGGUGCUGGACGAGAGGAAGGCGCUGAUCCCCUGCAAGAGAUUAUUUGAAUACAUUUUACUCUAUAAGGAGGGAGUGAUGUUUCAGAUUGAACAAGCCACCAAACAGUGUGCAAAGAUCCCCUUGGUGGAAUCCUGGGAUCCUCUCGACAUUCCCCAGAAUUCUACUUUUGAAGAUCAGUACUCCAUCGGAGGGCCUCAGGAGCAGAUCGUGGUCCAGGAGUGGUCCGACAGAAGAACAGCCAGAUCCUAUGAAACCUGGAUCGGUGUUUAUACAGCCAAAGACUGUUAUCCGGUCCAGGAGACCUUCAUCAGAAACUACACUGUGGUCCUGUCCACACGGUUCUUUGAUUUGCAGCUAGGCAUUAAGGACCCCUCUGUGUUCACCCCACCGAGCACAUGCCAGACAGCGCAGCCAGAGAAGAUGAAUGAGGACUGCUCCUGGUGAACUUGGAGGAACAGAAGCCUCAACCUCAGCUCUUAGUGACCUUGUGUGGAAAUGGAGUAGAGACUAGUGUGAACGCAACUCUUCAAUGGAAAUAAAGUUAAUUUUAGGAAGCUAAAACCUACGUGGGCUUGCUUGUACAUCUGACUGUGGCUGCUCAGCUCUGGUUUUGGAAGAUGUGUAGUCAGUACCAUAGAGUAGGGAAGUGUGGGGGUGGGCUCAGCACAAGGAGUUUGCCUCUGCGGGGUGAGACUUUUAUUAUUGCUAAUAAGAAUGGAAGGUGAUAAUAAGAUAUAGAAUAUUUUUGUUCAGUUCUCUCCUUACAAAGAAAGUCUCUUGCUUGUCUGCACCAAGGUAGCAAGAGUUCCCAGUGACACCACCCUGACCUCUGGGUACUAUGAGAUGACCCUUUAAGACUCUUUCUAGACUUGAAUUUUGUGGCAUGACCCACUGGAUGUAGAUAUUCUGCAAGGAAAUAGGAACUUGUAAUUCAAAGUAAUGAUUCAUCUGAAGGGAAAGGAAGUUUUAAGUGGGAGGCGUGGGCAAUCUUAGUGUUUACAUGAGAGAUGAAGUGAGAGCCCUGUGUGCUGCUUUGUGUGCAAGAGUACUGACUGUUGGGCUGAACCUCCAUGUCUUUUCUAGUGCGCAAACAGGCUUCCAAUACAACACUGAACUGGGAAGCCCCCAAGUAAGGCCUAGAGUUCUCGGCUACCCUAAUCCUUUAUGUAUUAAAUGCACUAGGCUAGCAGCCCUUGCCUUGCCUGAAACCCUCUUUCACCACAACUGUGUCUAUAUGACUACUGUUCAUGCUUCCAAGGUCAGCUCACAUGUGACCUCUGUGAGCUGCUCCCAUGCCUGAAUUCAUUGCACCUUACAUCUUUGGCAUGCCUUGCUCACAAUGCUCAUUAUACUGUGUGAGGAUUUCCUGAUUAGUGGAAACUGCCCUCUGCUAUCCAGGGUAAGAACCCCUUGAGUACGGGUACCAUGUUCUGUUUACUUUAGUAUCUCCAGCACCAAGCAAGUGCCUGGCACGCAGUCCGUGCCCUUAACAUUUGUAGAGAGGAGCUCACUAGCUCUGUCAGUGUUUAGUUUCCUCAUCUAUUAAGCAGGGUUGGUUUUUCUGGUUGCUAGGGAGACUUGUAUUAAUACAACUUACUAUUCUAGAUUUUCCUAUCGCUGUGCUUCACUUGGCCAUAUAUCAUCUUUUGUCAUCAAGAGAAAUGUAUGAUGCUUGCUUUAUGCUAUAGCCAUCUAUAUUGUAAUUUAUCUAUACAAUUAAACAAAUUUAAUGACACCCUACAAAUUAUUCUUUGAUGUGUUUGUUUUUGUAAUAUAUAUGGAUGAACUGAAUUGUAAGGACGAUAAAAUCCUUCUGUAAUAAGUAAAUAAAGGACUUCCCAUAAUCAAAA